AUGUCAUCCAAGAGACAUGUGAAACGCGUCACGCUGACGUCGAAGAAGAAUUGGUGGAUGGUGGAGCUGGAUGAAGAAGAGCGAGCCGAACUUGCUCUUAACUCAUUUAUGGAGGAGACCGCCGGUAACGAGGGGCCACAAACGCCAUUCCGGUCAAGUGGCUACAUAAGUCGAGUACAUGAGCCGACGCCCGCACCAUCAAUACCUGAGUAUGCCCCACCUAACCAUCCUCUCUCCAUAUUUUCCUUUCCCACCCCUACAACCUACUCAGCGCCUCCUAAUCCCACCCAAAAUCUGGCACCUUGCGCUUCAGGCUCUGCCUCCGAGCUGUUCAAGUGUAUUGUCAAGAAGCCCAACGUCGUGCAGCUUGAGAUAAACGGCGAGAUGCAGUCCAACGCAAACGACGUGAUGACACAGUUUCGCGCAGAAUUGCGCGUAUAUACCACAGUGACUCGUCACAGGAACAUUGCCGCAUUUCUCGGCUGCCUCGAAAACGUCGGGAUGGUGCUCGAGUUCAUCGAGGGUCGCACACUCUGGGAUAUAGUCCGAGAGCGACCUGAACUGACCCAGGGCAAGAAACUCGACUUUCAUAAUCAGCUAUUGGACGGGCUCACGCACUUACACUCAUUCGGUCUAAGCCAUGGCGAUCUUUCCCUUCUGAAUGUGCAGGUGACAUACUCAUCUGACACGAUCAAAUUGCUUGAUUUCGGCCGGUCGGUAUGCGCAGAUUCCGUCUACGCGUCGCCUUUCGAGGAUAUCUCGCAGCCACCUGCACCUCCCAUACCGGUGAGACCUCCUCCCAACUCACGAUUCACGCCAAAAUCGCCUUAUACCCCUGCCACUCCCGUACUUCCACCUGUACCACCGCGGCAAACCGAGCAAAUACACCCAGGGACGCGGCCAUUUGCUGCCCCAGAGGUGUUGCGGGGGGAGUGCCAGGACGCCCGUCUCGCUGACGCGUAUAGCUUCGGCAUGAUCCUGGUUUGCCUGGAUCGAUGCGAUCUCGUUGAUGUAAAGCCUUGGGUACAGCGCAAAGAUGCUCUUCCCAACGGCUUUCUGGAUGGUCUUCUUGUGUUUCGGGAGAGAUGUGAAUGGUAUUUACGGAAAUGGGACGAUGGUCGACGUCGGUUGGCAAAAGACGACAUGAUGGAUGUCGACGCACGUAUGGCGCUCUGA